UUUUCAUAAUUACAUACACAUACAUGGAUAUUUGAUUUACAUUCCUUCUUUCGGUUGCCUUCCUUAUUCUUGCAACCCCUCGUCCUAAAUCACACCGUCUGUUGUAACCUGUUGCCGCCUUCUUUCUUGCUCCAUCGACCUCUCCAAUCCUCCCUGACCUACCGGCUCUCACCUAUGGCUCCCACGUUGGACAUCGAUAUCCAGAACAGGAUCAGUUCCGGUCAAGUCUACGCCUAUGUCACGGGACAAGCACUCGACAACGGGAAUCACGUGUGUCUGAUCAGAGCGGAUGGCAAGACCCCCUACUUCCCCGCCUCGCCAUCCCACACCUGUGCCCCUCUGUCGGAAGACUGUUCGAUCCCUCUCGGUCCCCAGGGCAGUAUCACCAGGAUCACCAUUCCUCAGCUCGCUGGUGGCCGCAUCUGGUUCUCGAUCGGAAAGGAGUUGACCUUUCUGGUGAACCCGGGACCGGCAAUCGUCGAGCCUUCGGUCACUAACCCCUCGGAUCCUAAUAUUCAUAUUGAGUGGGAUUUCUGCGAAUUUACUUUCGCUAAUAACCAGCUGUACGCCAAUAUAAGUUAUGUGGACUUUGUCAGCUUGCCGGUCUCCUUGACCAUGACCCCACACGACGGCGAAGUCCAGAAGGUUCUUGGUUUGAAGCCUGACGGGCUUGCAUCAAUAUGUGCUGGCCUGGAGGCACAACACCUGGUUGAUGGCAACGACUGGCACAAACUCAUCUUUGAGUCAGAAGGAAGGAAACUGCGGGUCCUGAGCCCAAAUAAUGGCGCUGUGAUGAACGGUAACAUGUUCCAAGGGUACUACGAUUCCUACGUCAACCAGGUCUGGGAGAAGUAUAGUCGAACGCCUCUCACUGUCGAUACCCAAGCUCAAUGGGGCAAACUGACUGCCAAGGUUUCCAACGGUAGCUUAGAGUUCCAUGGCAUUGGAUCUUUUAGAAAACCAUCCAGUGCCGACAUUUUUAGCUGCAGUACGGGUCCUUUUGCCAGCAAUGCGGGAGCUUUGGGCCCCUUGACGGCCCGUAUCUGCGCUGGCUUGAACCGGUCGACUCUCUUGGUCAAUGACGUUCACCCCAACAACGAACGGGUCUCCCAAUACUACAAGGACAAGAUCACGAACCAUUAUGCGCGCCUCGUUCACGAAGCGAAUAUCGAUGGGCGAGGCUACGCGUUUCCUUAUGACGAUGUCCCAGCCUCAGAAGGGGUUGAUCAAUCUGGCUUUGUCAAUGGGUCUCCAAAGUCCUUCCUGGUUACGAUUGGAUAAUGAAGCUACUGAACUGUAAACCAUCCUCGAAUACUUGCUUUUGCAAUACAUCAUGAGUUAUGCCAUCCCGUAUUAGGUGCGACGAAAAGGGCCCGCUGACUUUGAUCACUUUGGUUUGCGUACCAUGUCGAAUGAGAAUAGAUACUCCACAUCUCAUUCCAGAUAUUUUAAAUACCAG